UUAGAAAGCACAAAAUCUUGACUUUAGCUUCAUCUUUGGGGUCUGGUUGACGGAAAGCUUCUUACACACGCAAUGGCGAGAGCACAGGCGCUGGGUUUGAGCGUUGAAGAAGAACCAUCAGAAGAAAAAUGGAUGAAAUAUUAUUCUUCCCAUCAUCGAAUACUUUUGGUAGGAGAGGGUGAUUUCUCCUUCUCCCUUUGCUUAGCUCAAUCCUUUGGUUCUGCUGUCAACAUCAUUGCUUCUUCCCUCGACACUUAUGAUCAACUUUUGAGGAAGUACGAGAAAGCCGUGUCAAAUGUACUUGCCUUAACAAGGCUGGGAGCAAUGGUGUUGCACGGAGUUGAUGCAACCGAAAUGAAAUCCCAUGAUGACUUGAAAAUGAAGAAAUUUGAUAGAAUUAUAUUCAAUUUCCCUCAUGCAGGCUUUCAUGGCAAAGAAGACAGCUUCUCCCUGAUUCAGGAACACAAGAACCUUGUACGUGGGUUUUUUAUGAAUGCGAGGAGCAUGCUUAGACCUGAUGGUGAAAUUCACGUAAAUCACAAGACCACACCACCAUAUCAUUAUUGGUGCAUAAGGGAACUUGGGAUACAAAGCUUUCUGUGUCUAAUAGAGUGUGUUGUUUUCAAAAAAGAAGAUUAUCCCGGUUAUAACAACAAGCGAGGUGAUGGGUCCAGGUCUGAUGAGCCUUUCUCUUUGGGUAAGUGUAGCACAUUCAAGUUCAAGUUGUUAAUGAAGGAGGAACCCAUCCCCAGAGAUCAUCAUGGCCCACAUCAACAGAGGUCGGGUAUCCAAAAACAGAAUGUUAGAAAUAUGGAUAUGAUACUGGGGAGACAAAUUUCUGGUCCAAUUCAUGUUAGCAAAAUCUGUUUUGAUCCUGUUCAUGUUCGUGAAGUCUGUUCGACAUCAAGAGAGUUUAGGUAUCCACAAAAAGUACAUGUUGGAAUGUGUUCUGAUCUUGUUCAUGUUUCUCAAAUCUUUUCUAACUUGAAGCUAUCAGCUGCAUGGCCUAAAUUAACAAAGUUUAGGUAUCCACAAAAUAGAACAUAUUAGAAAUAUGGAUAUGAUAUUGGGAAGAUCUGUUUCUGAACAUGUUUGUGGAAUCAGUUCUGAUUUGUAGAGACAAUCAUGGCCUGGAUCCAGUAAUGUUAGGUAUCUUUCGAGUGAUCAUUUUAGGGAUGGACAUGAAAUCCUUAGGUCUUACCAUCUCAAUUGCUUCAAGAGUUGGAAAUGAAGCCUUUUAAUUUCAAGUUCUCUUUGCUAAACUUCUGUUUCAUGGCCGCCAUUGGUACGUGGUCUUUUUUUUUUUUUGGAGCAUGGCAUUUAAGGCCCUUUAAAAAAAAUAUGGCAAUAAAGACCCAUUACUUUUGUAUCAAAUAUUGUCUUGUAAAAAUGUAUAUAUGUUAUUAAAAGUUGAAUCUCAACUUGUAUUUUC